AUGUGUACUCAAGACCUCAAUCCCUUUUACUACAUAGACAUCUCUCCAGCUACCGCCGCGAAACCACCAAAUUCCACACGAGUGUUCGAUAAAUCGUCCGCUGGCACAAUUUCUUUGAUCGUUGCUACGACGAUCCUAGCUGUCCUUUUGACAGGGUUUCUGAAGCUCCUUGAGGAGAAGUCUCCUUACCCCCUCGCAAACCCUCCGGGAUGGUUUCAGACACGCAUGUCCAAGCAAAUCGAGUUCUUGCGACAUGGACUGGAGGUUUUUGAAAAGGCCAAAAAGAUAUAUGGGGAUAACCCCUAUAGACUCAUCACCGAACAGGGCGAGGUUCUCGUGCUUCCACCUUCGUAUGGCCACAAAAUCCGGAACGAAAAAGACUUGAGCUUUGAAUUGACAUUACUGGAGGACUUUAAUGGCCACCUUCAAGGAUUUGAGCCAAUUGACUUCUUGUGUCAUGACAAGCAAAUUAUUCAGACCGUAGUGCGAAAGCAGCUCACGAAAUAUCUUAACACGGUAACCGAGCCCAUUUCGUCUGAGUGCACGUUUGCUGUCAGGUCAAUCUUCGGCACUGAGCCUGAAUGGAAAGAGAUCUGCAUUAAAGAUGCUACACUCGACCUCAUCGCCCGUGUCUCGUCUCGCGUCUUUCUCGGAGAAGAACUUUGCCGAAACCCGGAAUGGAUUGGCUUGACAAAGGAAUACACGGCCAACGCCUUCUCUGCCGGUCUUAGAAUGAGUCUUGUACCGAAAUACCUUGUCCGGGUGUAUAGCUGGUUUUCUGCGGAUGCUAGGGUUGUCCGCAAGAAUAGUAAAGAUUCGAGGAGGAUCUUGACACCAGUCGUCGAGAAAAGAAAAGCUAUCAAAGCGCAGGCUCAAAGAGAAGGACUCUCGAUAAAGCCCUUUGAGGAUGCACUCGAGUGGGCCGAGUUAGAGAGUCAAGGAGCCGCAUUCGACAUGGGGGCUUUGCAGCUGCUCAUGUCAUUUGCUGCAAUUCACACUACGACUGAUCUGCUCACUCAGACCUUGAUUCGCCUCGCGAAUCAGCCAGAACUCAUAGAGCGUUUGCGUGAGGAGAUCAUCAACGUUAUACGAGUCGAGAGUUUCAACAAGGGUGCACUCUUCAACAUGAAACUCCUCGAUAGCGCCUUGAAAGAAACACAGAGAGUCAAACCAAAUGGUCUGCUUCUUAUGCGCAGAAUGGCAAUGCAGCGUAUUGCUCUACCAGACGGCCUCGUCGUUCUCAAGGGCGAACGGGUUACAGUAGAUGCAAGCAACAUGACUGACCCGCAAAUCUACGAGGACCCGGAGAAAUACGACAUCGAACGUUACGCGCGCAUGCGGGACAACCCUGAGACGGCAAACAAGGCACACCUGGUCUCUACUGGCGUGGACAAUCUCACCUUCGGCCAUGGCAUACAUGCGUGUCCCGGUCGCUUCUUCGCGGCAAACGAGAUGAAGAUUGCGCUUUGUCAUCUGUUCUUGAAGUACGACUGGAAACUGGCGCCGGGGACUAGUCUGAAACCCGUGAGCACUGUAGGGGUUUUGACUACCCUUGAUCCAAAGAUCAGGUUGAUUCCAUGUUUUGAUGUCAAUGCAUGGCAUAGGACAUCUGGAUACCAUCUAGUCCUAUCUGUCCAAGGCCUGAUGUUCUACUUCAGUAGGAUUGCAGGUGGCGUGUCAAAUUACUGCAGUGUUGCAGAUUCUUUUCUGUAUGUAUUAUUUCCGUAUCAAAGCCUAAUUGAUUUGUUGCUACUGUUGUUGUAA